AUGGCGGAAAUCGCAGCAGCCGCUGUUGUCGCCGAGCAGGUCGUGUCCACCGGCAUCGAAGUUGGAGCGGCCGUCGCAGUGGCACGCCCGACCCAGCCACUGAAGGUGUCUCUAUCCCAGGUUGCCACCACCCAGUCCCCCGCAUUCGACACUUCCGCCCUUGCACGCUCCCAUCACUCAGUCACCGUCGUCAAUCACAAGGCGUGCAUUUUUGGUGGUGAGACGGCAGAUGGUCAGCUGGCUUCUACCGACUUCCAUGUCCUCUCAUUGCCAGCCAUGACCAAAGGAGAGCCAGUCGCAGCUUACGCCUGCUAUCCCGCGUUUGCGAUGCAGGACGCAGAGACCGGCAAGACCUACGUCCCGUCCCCGCGCUCAAGACAUGCAGCAGCAGCCCGCGGUCAGUUUGUCAUCGUCAAUGGCGGUGCUGAUGCUAGCGGAAAGCCCAUCGACGAGACUUGUCUCUGGCUGUGGGACUCUGAGAGCUUGAAGUGGACCAAGAUCCAGGGAGCUAGCCAGAUUGGCAAGACCAUCACACCGAGAUUCGACCACCACAUCUUUAUCGAACAGGCUCAAGAUUUCCUGGUCCUGCAUGGAGGAAGAACCGCUCAUGGACAAGAGGCAUCUACAGAGACGUGGAUGUACAACUUUGACACUCUAGCCUGGACUGCAUUGCCGCCUUCUCCCCAACCCCCUCUUGCCGCCGCAUUCGUGGAUAACGUGCUUUACACCAUUGGAGCGGACUCCAACAUGAGCGGUGCCAUCCACUACAUGGACCUCAAGUCCAACGCCGAGGACCGCGAAAAGCCCGACGCCCUGCAGUGGAAGACUGUCAACUUCCCGACCAACCCACUUACACCUGGUCCCCGACCACGCGAAGGUGGCGCUCUCGUGCCUGUCGACACUGGUGUUGGCAGACAUUACCUCGUCUACCUGUUUGGCAAGAACAGCACUUCAACCGACAAGGACUUCUAUACCGACAUCUGGGCUCUUCAAUUGCCUUCCCACGGCUUCAACGCAGCCGCCGUGAAGGAUGCAAUACGUGACAAGCUACCCCGUGUGGAUUCUGGAGAGUUUAGUUGGGCAGAGGUGGAACUAAUUCCCACCGAGGAAGUCAAGACGGAAGGCAAGGCACACCCUGGCCCACGAGGCUGCUUCGGCGCAGAUGCUGCAGAUGGGAAGAGUAUCGUCUUUUGGGGCGGCGUCAGUGCGAUGGGUAAGGAGGGCGAUGGAUGGCUGCUUCAGGUCCAGUAG